GUCCCUCCGCGCGGCGCCCACUCGACAGGCGCGUUUCAAAAGGAACACUAAAUUUUGUGGCGCUUUGCCAAUUUGAGAGGACCAUCCUGCUCGUGCCCAAGCCAGUUUUACCCCUUGGGGAUUUUUCUCCACUUCGCCCUUCGGCCUCCUCUUUCUCGCGCGUGGCUUCUGCGCGGACGAAUUGCACUCCAUAGUUGGGCGGCAUUUGGAGCGGCCUUCUGCGCGGCAAUUGCAGUCCAUUUGGAGUAUCAUUUUGAGCGUCAUUUUGGGAGUCACUUUGCGCUUCCGUUUGCGCUUCCCUUUUCGCUCCCAUUUCGCUCCCCCCUGCGCCUCCUUUUUUGCCCCCCCGCAACAUGGUCAAGCACAAGGACUACAAGAAGAGCGACUUGGUGCGCAUCCUGUCGUCGAACGUCAGCAAGGAGAGGAACAAAGCGGUGAAGCUCCUGAAGAAGUUUGAGCCCCUCCCGAGGAAGCACCUGGAUAGUAAAUUCGAUCCCAAAAGUGCAGUUGUGCACAAGUACAGUUCUUUGAAGGCCUUCAUGUGCUGGAGGUGCGACAAAGUUAAGCAGACCAAUGUGAAGGUUCACUGGGACACGGCAGAAGGACUGAAGAUCAUCUGCACGUCGUGCCAUGGGAACCUGCUCGCGAUGAAAGAGGUGGAGAAAGUGAGAAAAGAAAACAACACCAAUAAGGAAAUUGUAAAAAAUUUGAGCAACCUGUAGGGAGGAGCAGCAGCUGACUGGAUAAACACCCAUUUGAGAGUCAUCACCGUGGACGUUCCAGUCCGUCAGCAUGGUUAUGUCUGCCGCGUCGCCACUCACCUUCAAGUGAUGCAAGACGGUAAAAUAGCGCCGCUAGGCAACUUGCAGAAUGGCAAAAAAGAACAAAAAAAAAACAAUUAGAGGAGGCAUGAUAUACUCUGCAUUGUGUUAAUACGCGCGAAGAAUUGUUUUUUAUUCCCUUUUCCCCCUUUUUUUCUCCUCUUUUUUCCCCUUUUUUUCGCGUCCCCUUGCGUUUGUUUCGAUUCGUCUUUUCCCUUUUUUUGGUAAACUCAGCGAUAUAAAUACGCCGGCAUCAUUUUUGUUCCUCG